CCUCCAGUCCUGAUGCCAUUCGCGAUCACUCGCAUCGUGGCUCCCGAGGCUCGUAGUCGGUACUACUGCGACGCGAUCCCGAGAAAUGGGGAACUUUGUAAAGUUCCUUUUCUUUCUAAACUUCGCUCUCGCGCUCUCCCAAUCCUGCCCGCCGAAAUGCCAGUGCGUUCGGAAUUCGGUUCGCUGCCUCCAUCAAGAUCUCCAGGCGAUCCCGAAGACACCGGACGACGCUCACACGCUAGACGUGCGUUUUAAUCGUAUAUACGAUAUCGCACCGGGCGUAUUCAGCCAUCUCCAUCGGCUACGGUCGCUCUUGCUAAACGACAACCAGUUGAGGGAGCUGCGAUCGGGCGCCUUCCACGGGUUGCGUCGCCUCAAAUACCUGUACCUCUACCGAAACCGCAUCCAGCAUAUCGAAUCUGAUGUAUUUCACGGCAUGGUGCAUUUAGAACAACUGUACCUACAUGUUAACGAGAUACACCAGAUUGAGCCCGAAACUUUCUCCAACCUGCCACGACUCGAACGAUUAUAUCUACACAACAAUAACUUAAAGACAAUCCCCCCUGGCUCAUUCCGGGGAAUGCCGAAACUCCACAAGCUUCGUUUGGACAGCAACGCCCUGGUCUGCGACUGUGCUAUGCUCUGGUUCGUUCGCAUGCUGGCUGAGCACGGCGACAUGAGCAUUGCUGCUACUUGUUACGAACCAGCUGCUGCUACGGGAACGUCCCUUGCAACUAUGAAAGAGAAAGACUUCCAUUGCCGACGCCCCGAGAUCGAAUCUGAUCCCGAAGAUGUGAUAGUUAAUUUUGGAGAAGACGCUAUGUUCACAUGUAGCGCUACUGGUGAACCGGAACCUGAGAUCGUUUGGUUCCGUGAUUCAACAGCUUUACCUGAUGAUAAAUCUCGAUACGAAGUCAUGGGUAAUGGCACACUGAUGGUUCAUAAAGCAGAUGAAAACGAUGUCGGUGUGUUCGAAUGUAGUGCAAAGAAUCCAGCCGGAGAAGUUCGGUCUAAGCCAGCCAGAAUGAUUGUUCAAAGUAAACCAGAUGAAAAUGGAUACCCAGUAUUUACGAUACUACCGCGAAAACUAGUUGUUAAAAUUAAUGCAGCUAGUGCGCGCUUUGAUUGCGUGGCUAAAGGGAAUCCAAAUCCGCAUAUCUCUUGGUACUUUAACGGCGAAAGAAUAUUACUAAGCGAACGAAUCUCCAUGCAACAUAACGGUUCUAUAAUUAUUGAGAAUAUACAACACGAGGACGCAGGAUUGUAUACUUGUCAAGCAGAGAAUAUCAAUGGAAAAGUUACGGCCUCCGUCAAUCUGGAAGUUAAAGUCGCUCCCGCGUUUCUUACUGUUCCGAAGGAUCAAACUAUUGCUCUUGGCGAUACUGCUCAAUUCAUGUGUACAGCCAGAGGAGUCCCUAAACCUAUUAUAACUUGGUAUAAAAACACCAUGGUCUUGCCUCCUAGUGAAAAUAUACUACUGCGUGAUGAAAAUCAAAACUUGACUAUAAUAGAAGCAACCGAAGAUGAUGCUGGCUUAUAUCACUGCAGGGCUGAAAAUUCUGAAGGUCUUACUGAAAUAUCAGCCAUUUUGAAAGUACAAAAUUUCCAAAUUGUUCCACCUAAAAUAGUGUUGCGUCCGGAAGAUACAGAUGCUUUCAAAGAAACUUCGGUACAAAUGCCCUGUGAAUAUGAAAGUGAUCCACCGGCUAAUGUUGAAUGGAGAAAAGAUGGAAAUCGAGUUACAUCAAAUGAAAGAAUAACAAUAGCUCUUAUUGGUAGUUUAAUUAUAAAUAAUGUCACACUUACAGAUGCCGGUCACUAUGAAUGUACUGUUUUUAAUGAAUAUGGCCGCGAUGCCGCUUCCUUAUUUUUAACUGUCAAAGACCAUAUACUACCAGGUGAUGAGUAUAUCAAUAUAGCCCUUACCGAGGCAACACGAGACGUGGAUCAAGCAAUUGCAAAAACUAUAGAGCAGUUAUUUAAUAACAAAAGUUCUGAUGUCAAUUAUCAUGAUCUUUACAGAAUGACCAGAUUUCCUAAUGCACCAGCAAGAGAAGUAGCACGGGCUGCGGAAAUUUAUGAGAGAGCUUUAGAUAAAGUACGGCAAUUUAUUCAAUCUGGUUUAACAGUUACAUCGGCUCAACCUUUUAACUAUGAAAACAUCUUAUCUCCACAACACUUAGAAGUAUUGGGUCAAUUGUCUGGUUGCGUGGCACACAGGGAAACCAAAGACUGUUCAGAUAUGUGUUAUCAUAGUAAAUACCGCAGCAUUGACGGUAGCUGCAAUAAUUUUGAUUACCCAACUUGGGGCACGUCUCUAACAGGUUUUCGAAGAAUACUUUUUCCCAUAUAUGAAAAUGGAUUCAGUCAGCCGACGGGGUGGAACAAGAAUAUAAAAUAUAACGGAUAUGCUUUACCAAGUGCAAGAUUAAUAUCUGUAUCUAUCAUAAGUACAACUGAGAUAUCAGAAGAUAUUGAGAUUACUCAUAUGACUAUGCAAUGGGGUCAGUGGCUGGAUCAUGAUUUAGAUCACGCCCUACCAUCUGUCAGUUCUCAAACCUGGGAUGGUGUUGAUUGCAAGAAGACUUGCGACUAUGCAGCUCCCUGUUUUCCAAUUGAUGUACCUGAAAAUGAUCCUCGAAUUACUAACCGCCGUUGCAUUGAUUUUGUCCGAACAAGUGCUGUCUGUGGUUCUGGCAUGACAUCAGUAGUUUUUGGUCGACUUCAACCGAGAGAACAGAUAAACCAGCUCACUUCUUUUAUUGACGCUUCUCAGGUCUAUGGCUUUGAAAAAUCAGUUGCCGAAGAUUUACGAGAUUUAACCAACGAGAAUGGGACUUUACGUGUUGGAGCGCAAUUUCCAGGGAAAAAACCUCUACUACCGACUACGGGCUUAAAUGGCAUGGAUUGCAGACGUAAUCUUGAAGAAAGCACUCGUAGCUGUUUCGUCGCGGGUGACAUUAGAGCCAAUGAACAGAUUGGACUUGCUGCAAUGCAUACGAUUUGGAUGCGAGAACACAAUAGAAUUGCUAAUAAGUUGAAAACCUUUAACCCUUUCUGGGAUGGUGAUAAAGUUUAUCAAGAAGCUAGAAAAAUUGUUGGAGCACAAAUGCAGGUUAUCACUUAUGUUCAUUGGUUACCGCUUAUCCUUGGCCCCGAAGGCUACUCUCAAUUAGGCGAAUACAAAGAAUACAAUCCAAAUAUUAACCCUUCUAUAUCUAACGUAUUUGCUACUGCUGCUUUGAGAUUUGGACACUCGAUAAUUAAUCCUGUUCUAAAUCGCUAUGAUGAAAACUUUGAACCGAUCCCACAAGGUCAUUUACUUUUACGUAACGCUUUCUUUUCUCCAUGGCGGUUGGUCGAUGAAGGUGGUGUUGACCCUUUACUUAGAGGAAUGUUCACAACACCUGCUAAACUGAAAACAUCUACACAGAAUCUUAACUCUGAACUGACCGAGAAGUUGUUCCAUACUGCUCAUGCCGUUGCUCUAGACUUAGCUGCAAUUAAUAUCCAAAGAGGUAGAGAUCAUGCUAUUCCACCUUAUACAAAAUGGCGACAGGUUUGCAACAUGACUGAAGUUAAUGAUUUUGAGGACUUAGCCCAUGAGAUUUCGGAUAAGAGCGUUAGAAACAAACUUAAGGAACUUUAUGGAUCUGUUCAUAAUAUUGAUGUUUGGGUUGGUGGUAUUCUAGAAGAUCAAGUAAAAGGCGGUAAAGUGGGACCACUGUUCCGUUGCCUCUUGAUAGAACAAUUUAGGCGUUUACGAGAUGGAGAUCGUUUUUGGUACGAGAAUCCUUCUACUUUCAAGCCUCAACAGUUAAAACAGAUUAAAAAAACAAACUUGGCUCGAGUUUUGUGCGAUAACGGUGAUAAUAUUGACACAAUCAACGAAAAUGUAUUUUUACUUCCUGAAGUACAAGAUGGGCUCAUUUCUUGUGAAGAUUUGCCAUCGAUUGAUUUACGUUACUGGAUGGAUUGUGAGUCGUGCGGCGAAGAUACUUACGAUACUAGAACCAAUCGUGUACGCAGAGAUCUAUCAAAUGACGUCGAUGCUCUAAUGGUUGAAGAAAAGCAUCGUAUAGAUGUACUGGAAGAUUUAAUAUACAAUGAAAUGACGAACACAAUUGAGCAGUUGAAGAAAAAAAUUUUACAUUUGGAGGAAAGUUGUCAGAGGGUUUAAAUAAAUACAACUUUUUAAAAUUGAUAAUAAUACUACGUUUGCUUGAAAAUUUAUCUAACUCGAUUAAGGUAUGAAAUACCUUCAAAUUGCAACUUAAUCUUGAUGUGUGUAUUAUAUUCAAUGUUAAAAAAAUACAAAAAUACAAAAAAAUGCAUAUAUAAACGAAAAAAUACAAAAAAAUAUAUACUUGUUUUGAAGUAAGUAACAAUUUAAGAAAAACUUAACGAAAAAUACUAGUAUUCCAAGAAAGAAAAAGUCAUCUCUAUAAUAUAGUCUCUAUAUACUUAAUAAGAACGUAAUAUAUUAUCUAACUUCUAAUUAAUGAUAACACUUCAAAAUAGCUUUAAGUCUUCUCUAUGUGGUCCAACUAAUUAAGAGUUGAUUUUGAUUCCAAACUAUCACUUAUAAAUAUAUUAUUUUUAACUAAAAUAUUUUUCGUUCUAUUUCGUAGUCAUACUGCCUACUACCUACAUUAUACAUAAUACAUUAUUUACGGCCCAGAUACUAUUUACUGUGUAUAUUAUCUAUAUAUAUCUUUUAAAUACAUACUACAUAUAUUAUUAAUCUAACCUGAAUCUAACAAACUUGUAUGCCUACGUCAUUCAAGUUUGUAUUAUGCCUACACCAUUAAAAUAAAAGUAAAUGAAAAAAAAAAGAAAAAAAAAUUGUUUUCUUUUGUAGUAGCGGAUCAGCACAUGUUAAUAUGCAUUUACAAGCUCAGUACAUACACACACACACAUUAUUAAAAAAUCUCGGUGUUAGGUGUCUAUACAUAAACCUAUUAUCUAGUCUUAACCGUAUUGUUAGAAAAGAUGAUAUAGACUUAAAUGAUUAGUAAGUAUAAAAAUAUAUCAUUAUAUUUUUUUGUAUUUGUUUCAUAAUGAUUAUUAUUUUUCUGAUUGAUUUAAUGUAUUUAUUGUUUAAUAUAAAAUAUAUCUGCAUGAUGUGCCAUUUACUUAUAAGUUUUUGAUAUGAAAGUCACUCGUUUAAGUCGAGUUUCACAGUAUUACUAACUUUAUUUGCAUUUUAUGUAUCGAUUCUUUUUUCAUAAGGCUCUUUACGCACUGCAUCCGAUUCGAAUGCAAGAAUUUUCGAUCCGAAAAGCCGCAGUAGGUAACUAUUUGAAGAGAGGUUACGCUACUAGAUUUGUAUUUUGCUUUCCGAAGCCGAGAAUAUCUCCAAUUAGUAGCAUUGUUCACGGACCAAAUGAACCACAAUAUUACAAGUACUUGUUUUUAACGCUUGCACACUGCGUCAGAUCCGAAUCCGAGCCGUCAUACGGUCGGCCAGUCUGAGCAAGACAACGCAAGCAAAUCCGGUAAAAUGGACAGAUUCGGAUCGGAUACAGUGCUUAUAGAGCCUAAGACAACAAUAUCGUAGGAGUGUUCGUAUAGGAAGAAAGGUUGAAAGGGUCCGUCCUAAAUUGAAUUUUGCGGGGUUUGUGACACGAAUUAAGAAUAAAUUUAGAAACGGUCAGUCUGAGUAUUUUUCGAGUUUUCAUAAUAUUAUAAUAUAAUAUGAAAGCUUAAAUUAACGCGAUUUUGAAUUGAAUUUACAUAAGUAUUGGCUACAUAAAAUAUAAUAAGAAUUUAAGGAAUUAGUGGUUAUAGAGGAACUAUAUUUAGUGGAUAUUACUGAGCAAUUCUUGAAUAUAAUAUGUAUUCUAGAACUCUAUACCUAACACUUGUUUACAAGUAGUUACGCUUUAAUGUACGUAAAACUUUUUAAUAUUA